UGCACUUUUGGGGCCGCAGGCUGCAGGGACGCAGACUGAAUGAGGGCGGAGUGCGCCAUUAAACUGAAGUUGCGCCGGAACCCGACUUUCUCGCUAGCAAAUUUGAAAGGAAACUUGCACCGGGAACACCUGUGACCGCGUUUUGCUGCUCGUUUUUCUCUUUUUUUUUUGACAACAUGUCCGGUCACGGCACCCUGGCCGGGGUGCUGGUCGCCCUGUGGAUCGGGACCUCGGUGAACUGCAUGCCCCAAGGAACGCAGCGGGAUCGGCGUCAGGCGCAGCCGCAUCACCCUUCCUCAGUCUCUCAAGAUGGUUGUACAGAGAACGGUCGCUCCUAUAAUGUCAAUGAGCAGUGGGAGCGCCCCUUUUUGGGCAGCACUCUCAUCUGUACUUGCAAUGGAGUUGCUGGGAUCAAAUGUAAAAGCAAACCUGACGCUGAGGAAAAGUGCUACGACAAACUGAACCAGAAGUUCUACACCGUGGGGGAAACCUUUGAAAGACCCAUGGACAACAUGAUCUGGGACUGUACCUGCAUUGGGUCUGGACGGGGAAAGAUCAGUUGCACCAUCGCAAAUCGCUGUCAUGACAGCGGGGCUUCGUAUAAGAUAGGAGACACCUGGAGGAGACCCCAUGAAACGGGAGGCCACAUGUUGGAGUGUGUUUGUCUGGGUAACGGAAAAGGGGAAUGGACAUGCAAACCUGUCGCGGAGCGAUGCUACGACAGUUCUGCAGGGACAUCCCAUCAUGUUGGGGAGACGUGGGAGAAGCCCUAUCAGGGAUGGAUGGUGGUGGACUGCACCUGUCUGGGCGAAGGAGGCGGCAUCAUCACAUGCACAUCUAGAAAUCGCUGUAACGACCAAGAGACUCUUACCUCGCACCGCAUCGGAGAUACUUGGACCAAGAUGGAUGCCAACGGCAACCAGCUCCAGUGUCUGUGUACGGGGAAUGGUCGCGGGGAGUGGAAGUGCGAACGGCACGUCUCACUUCACACCACCGCCCACGGCACUGGCUCUCGUGUGGUCACCAAUCUCGAGACUGCGCUCCAGACGCCUAUGACCGUGAUUCCUGUUUCCAAGGAGGGAACCUGUCGGACUGAGACGGGACUGACGUACUUUGUUGGACAGCGCUGGAUGAAAAACCAGGGAACUAAGCAGAUGCUGUGUACCUGCCUUGGUAAUGGAGUAAGCUGUGACCCAUGGGAGGGGCCAGCUCCAGUGUAUGGUGGAAACUCUGGGGGAAAGCCCUGUGUGUUCCCUUUUGUCUACAAGGGGAAGACCUACCACUCUUGUACGUCUGAUGGACGCAGCGAUGGACAGCUGUGGUGUUCCACCUCCUCUGACUAUGAGACGGACCAGAAACAUUCUUUCUGUACCGAGAAGAAUGUGGCUGUGGUGACACGAGGUGGUAAUUCCAAUGGGGCUCUGUGUCAGUUUCCCUUCCUCUACAAUGGGCGAAACUACACUGACUGCACAGCUGAUGGGCGUAGGGAUGGCAUGAAGUGGUGCGGUACCACAACAAACUAUGAUGCCGAACAACGUUUUGGGUUCUGUCCAAUGACGGCUCACGAAGAAGUGUGCACUGCGAGUGGAGGGGUGAUGUACCGUGUCGGGGACCAGUGGGAUAAACGCCACGAUGUGCUGGGUCACAUGAUGCGGUGUACUUGUGUCGGCAACGGACGAGGCGAAUGGAGCUGCGUCGCUUACUCCCAACUCAAAGACCAAUGCACUGUGGAUGGGCUGACCUAUGAGGUCAAUCAGACCUUCACAAAGCAACACGAUGAAGGAUACGUGAUGAACUGCACCUGCCUUGGACAGGGCCGCGGGCGCUGGAGGUGCGAUCCCAUCGACCAGUGCCAGGAGCCAGAGACGAGGGCUUACUAUCAGAUUGGGGAGACUUGGGAGAAGUUUGUCCACGGAGUCAAGUACAGAUGCUUUUGCCAAGGCAAUGGAGUCGGAGAACACAACUGUGAAUCUGAGCAGUCAUACCCUGGUGGACACCGUCCUAUACAGGUGAUCAUAGCAGAGGCUGGAACCCAGCCUAACACUCACCCCCUUCAAUGGAACUCCCCCACGUCUGCACACAUCACUCAAUAUAUCCUUAAAUGGAAAGUGAAAGACUCACGAACUCCAUGGAGGGAGGUGAUUAUUCCGGGCCACCUGAACUCCUACACCAUCUCAGGUCUCAAGCCAGGCAUCACUUACGAGGGUCAGCUGAUCAGCGUGCUGCGCUUUGGGCGCAGAGAGGUCACGCGUUUUGACUUCACCACCUCUUACGGGUCGUUGGCCACAACGCAAGGCGAGACCACCAUUCCUCCACCUGUGGUCGACAUCUCAGAAUCCGUGACCGAAAUCACCUCCAACAGCUUCGUCAUCUCCUGGGUCUCUGCCUCGGACACGGUCUCUGGUUUCAGGGUUGAGUACGAGCUCACGGAGCAGGGGCAGGGCACCGGACAGCCCAUCGUUGUGGACCUGCCUCGCACAGCUACCUCAGUGAACAUCAACGAGCUUCUGCCCGGGAGAAAGUACACUGUUAAUGUCUACGAGGUCACAGAUGGGGAAGUGGACAACCUCAUUCUUACUACCUCGCAAACAACUGCUCCUGAUGCUCCUAAGGAGCAUGAAGUGAAGGAAGUGGGAGAUACCUCCAUCGUCGUCAGCUGGGAAAAACCACUGGCUCCCAUCACCGGAUACCGUGUGGUCUACUCGCCGUCCUUAGAAGGCGAGAGCACAGAGCUGAAUCUCCCAGACACGGCAACAUAUGUGACUCUGAGCGACCUUCUGCCCGGGAAGUUGUACAACAUCAGUAUCUACGCCGUGGAGGACAGCCUGGAGAGCGAACCGAUCUUUGUUCAGGUCAACACCUCUGGAGAGCCACUGCCUGAUGAAGUGGCAUCCCCCACCGACCUGCAGUUCUUUGAAGUGUCCGAUAGGAAAAUAGUUCUGACCUGGUCCCGUCCCACUGGUGGCGUCUCAGGUUAUCGGGUCACCGUGGUCCCCAUUGAUGUCUCUGGCUCUGCUCAGAGGGAGAUGACUCUGCCUAUCAGUCAAAACUCCUACGUUGAAGUGACAGAGCUGCAGCCAGGCACUUUGUACCGCUUCAGUGUCUAUGCCAUUCACAAUGGAGAGGAAAGUUUACCUCUUAUUGGGGAGCAAACUACCAAACCAGACGCCCCCACAGACAUCCAUUUCGAGAACAUGACCGACGUGAGUGCAGUCAUGAUGUGGUUUGCGCCCCGUGCCAAAAUCACUGGCUAUCGUCUCUUCCUCGCCGUCGAGGGCUCAGCCCCCAAACAGCUGCGCCUCCCUGGACGCCUGACCCACUACACCCUUCUCAACCUGAAGCCCGAUACGGAGUACACUGUCACACUGCACUCCGAGCAAGAUAACACACUGAGUGUGGGGGAGAGCUCUGUGUUCACCACUAACACAGCAGGGGGAAAUGCCCCUCAGUUCAACACAGAUGUAACGGACACCUCCAUAAUCGUUUCUUGGACUCCAGUUCCUCGCGUUAGCUAUAAGUUGACAGUACGGCCCAGUCUGGGCGGGGAAGCCCCGAGAGAUGUGACCUCUGACUCUGGAAGUAUUUAUAUUUCCGGUCUGUCUCCAGGAGUUGAGUACACCUACAGCGUCACGCCAAUUGUUAACGGCCAAGAGGAAGGAACGCCAAUAACCCGCCGCGUGGUCACACCUCUGUCUCCUCCCACUGAUCUGAACUUGGAGUCCCACCCUAGCACCGGCGAGCUGACUGUCCAGUGGAACGGAGCCGGUACACCAGACCACUCUUAUCUAACCUUCUUCAAAUCCCCGCCCUCCAAAGACAUCACAGGCUACAGAGUAACCUGCACCCCCACCAGUGGGCAGCAAGGAAACAGCGUGGAGGAAUUUGUGGAGGCUGGACAGAACUCCUGCACCCUUGAAAACCUCAGUCCCGGUGUGGAGUACAAUGUCAGCGUUGUCACCGUCAAGGACGAUAUGGAGAGCACUCCUAUCUCGACUGUCAUCACUCCAGAGGUGCCACAGCUGACCGACCUCAGCUUCGAGGGGGUGAGCGACACCACCAUCAGCCUCCGCUGGUCACCCCUCAACACCACCGUCAUCACCGGGUACAAGAUCACGGUGGUCGCAGCCGGCGAGAGCAUCCCUAUCUUCGAAGACAUGGUGCUGCCGUCCGCCGGCCAUUACACGGUUUACGGCCUGGAGCCCGGCAUCGACUACGACAUCAGCGUGAUCACUGUGACGGAGAAUGGCGAGAGCGAACCCAUCACUGUCACUCAACAGACCGCUGUGCCAGCACCCACUGACUUGGGCUUUGGGGAAGUUGGGCCAGACAGCAUCGAAGUCACCUGGGCUUCUCCUCAGGUCCCGAACAAAGCGGACAUUAACAGCUUCUUCAUCAGGUAUCAUCCCAUUGACGAUGAAGAUGAAAUUACGGAGACCAGCGUUGGAGGCGAGACUAACCGAGUGGUGAUAAGGAAUCUGCUGCCUAACACAGAGUAUCUGGUGAGCGUGGUGUGUGUGUACGAGCAGAGGGAAAGCUCGCCCCUAGUUGGAACAAAGAAAACAGCUCUGGAUUCCCCCGUCGGCCUCCGUUUCUCUGAAGUCUUUACCAACUCCUUCACCAUCCACUGGCUCGCUCCCCAGAGCAAGAUCACCGGUUACCGCGUCCGUUACCAGAUGGCGAGCGGCGGGCGGGCCAAGGACGAAAGGCUGCCCCCGUCCAGGACCCACUUCACUCUGACGGGGCUCAGCCCAGACACGGAGUACUUGGUCAACAUCUUCGCAGUGAGCGGGACACAGGAGAGUCUGCCGCUCAGCGGGACACAGAAAACAAUUUCCGAUGCCCCCACUGACCUGGAAGUGCUGGAGUCGACCCCCACGAGCAUCACAGUCAGCUGGGCAGCUCCUCCUGUCACUGUCCGCUACUACAGGAUCACUCAUGGAGAGUCAGGAGGUCACAGCAAUCCCAGAGAGUUCACCGUGCCUGGCUCUCAAUCCACCGCUACCAUCAAUAACUUGCUGCCCGGCACUGACUACACCAUCACUGUGUACGCUGUGACUGGCAGAGGAGACAGCCCCGCUUCCAGCAUUCCUAUCUAUGUGACGCACAAGACGGGCGUCGACUCCCCCUCUGAAAUGGAGGUGACAGAUGUGAACGACAACAGCGUGACGGUGAAAUGGAGCCCAACCCAGGGCUUGAUCAAAGGAUACAGAGUAACAGGAGUCCCCAUAAGUGGACAGGGACCAACAUUCUCUGAAGUGGUUGCCCCAGACCAGACAGAGUUCACUUUUACAGGCCUGAUGCCUUCAUCUGAAUAUGUUUUGAGUGUGUACACUCUUGGACAAAAUGAAGAGAGCUCCCCACUAGUGGUGAAAGCCGUAACAAAUGUCGACCAUCCCAAGGACCUUAGCUUUUCAGAAAUCGACUCCACCUCCCUGCGGAUCACCUGGGAUAGCCCCGAUGGAAUUGUUACAUCUUACCGAAUCUUGUAUUCAAGUCCAGAAGAGGGUGAGAGAGAGCUGUAUCCGUCCCCCAGAGGAGAUGCAGAGUCGGCCAUUAUCUAUGGACUCCAGCCGGGCACUGAAUACACUGUGAAAGUCAUUGCCAUGCAUGAUGACACAGUCAGUACACCACUUGUCGGGACACAAGCUACAGGGAUCUCUCCUCCUAAUAACCUCCAGUUCUCCCAGGUUGGCCCCACGUCUUUCACCAUGCACUGGGCUUCACCGGGGCAGGGAAAUCGAAUUACUGGCCUCACAGGCUACCGUGUGGUGGUGAACCCGAAGAGCAAGACUGGCCCCACUAAAGAGAUCAACCUUGCUCCAGACACCACUCAGGCUCAUAUAUCUGGCUUAAUGAUUUCAACAACCUAUGAAGUCCAUGUUUAUGCGCUGAAGAACUCUCUGACCAGUCGGCCAGUCCAAGGAGAAGUCACUACUCAGGAGAAUAUCAGUCCCCCCCGGCGUGUGCGUAUCUCCGAUGUGAACGAUUCCAGCAUUACUCUGAACUGGCGGUCAAAGACGGAAACCAUCUCUGGGUUCCUGAUCGAAGCCACGCCCACUUUGUCCACCUCAGGCUACAUCCCCAUUCAAAAGACUAUCGGCCCCGAGUCCCGCUCCUACUCCAUCACAGGUCUGGAGCCUGGAACCAAUUAUAAGAUUAGUAUGUACACUCUGAAAGGCAAUGGACGCAGCGUGCCUUUCACUCUCACCGCUACCACAGCACAACCACUGGUCAUCCCACCCACCAACAUCCGAUUUACCUCGCUGAAUCCUAACAGCAUCUCUUUCAUGUGGGAGCCAUCGCGCAGCCCGAAGGUCACUGGCUAUUACGUCACCUAUGAGGAGGCUGGAGGUUUACCCCGAGAAGUCACUCCCAGACCCCACGCUGGCCAGACGUACGCCACUGUCGAUGGUCUAAAACCUGGCACAGAGUAUGUUAUCAAGAUUGUAGCACUGCAGAAUGCCCUGAGAAGCACACCGCUUAUUGGCAAAGCCAGAACCCAACCAGCUACAGACUAUUCAAUUCUUCCUGAACUACUGGUGCCUGAGCUGCCACAACUCCCUGUCCCUCAUCGGCCCAGCAUUGACAUUCUGGAUGUUCCAGAGUCCACAAAUGACAAGAUAUAUAACUCCAACCAUGUGCAUUUGGCUGGUACAAGUGGACAGAACGUACCAGGUCAGCAUGGUCAGCAUAUCUAUACAGAGUAUCAGAACCUCGGCCCACAUAAUGGAUUCCGUGGACCCUUUAGUGGACCCCAUGAAGGCCAGAGACCCAUUCUCAAAGAGCCACUGGUUUACAUCCCUGUAGCAGGCCCUGAUGGAAACAGAGUUCCCCUGGUUAAGGUGAGCGACAAUCCUCUCCCGGGGCUUGCUUUUGGUUUCCCUGACAAUGAAACCGAGUUACCUCAGGAGGCAAAAACGGUCACGGCCAUCUCCUGGCAACCAAUCCCUGAAACUUCUGAGUACGAGGUGUCCUGCACUCCCAUUACUCAUCUGGAGGAAAGAGGCUUUCAGAUGCGCCUUCCUGGCACCUCCAACAGUGCCACGCUGAUUGGACUGACGUCCGGAGCAUCCUAUAAUGUUCAUGUUGAGGCCAUGAAAAAUGGGGCGAAAGAGACGGUUCUGGAGGAAGUUGUAACUGUUGGCAACACGGUUCCAGAUGACACUCCUAUUACCACCAACCGCGACGGGUGUUUUGACACAUUCACUCAGACCUACCACGAGGUGGGCUCAGAGUGGGAGCGCAUGUCUGAGACGGGCUUCAAGCUGUGGUGCCACUGCCUGGGUCUGAGCAGUGGUCAUUUUAGGUGUGAUUCAUCCAAGUGGUGCCACGACAAUGGUAACAACUACCGCAUCGGAGAAAAGUGGGACCGCCGCUCUGAGAACGGUCACAUGAUGAGCUGCACCUGCCUCGGGAAUGGCAAGGGAGAAUUCAAAUGCGAACCUCUGAUCUGGAAAUACUUCAGUACUGAUAAAUAUGUCUUGUCAGAUGAAUCGACAUGCUAUGACGACGGGAAAAUGUAUCAGGUCGGAAAUCAGUGGCAGAAGGAAUACCUGGGAGCCAUCUGUACCUGUACCUGCUAUGGAGGACAGCAGGGUUGGCGGUGCGAGAACUGCCGGAGGCCCGGAGGGCAGGCUAACGUGGAGGCUGACGUCCUGCAUCCUGUCCCCUCUGAUGCCUUCGACCGCUACAGAGAAAAUGCUCUCCGUAAACUGAACAUCCACUGUCCGAUUGAAUGUCUAAGACCAGAGCUUCUUGCAGAUGCUCAAAGCCCCUCAGAUUAAAAGAGGGGAGUGAAGAAAGGAGGGGAAAAAAGUGAGACAACUUAGAAUGUCAUCACUUCCAAGAAGCAAAGCCUCCUCAUGCUGCAUUAAAGGACAACGUUUCCGGCAGAUUUGUGCCGGAAACAUUUCUCACCACUCCAGAGUGUAGUGCCUUAACAAGACUUUUCUACUCCCAAAUCUGUGCCUUAUGAAAGAGCAAUGCAACUUUUGAUGUGGGUGUUUGUCGUCUCCUCCGAAAGAGAAACAGGUUUCCUCAUCACAGCACAAAAACUUGCUGCUUCCUCACAAGCAAGCUGUUCUGUUCACAAAAACACUCUUGCACAGCAGGUGCAGCACUGUCGCUUAACUUUACCGUUUCAUUGGGACUUUUGUUGAUUUCAGAACAUUCCGUGACAUUUGUUCUCCUUUAACCAAAACAAAGAAAAUGAGUAAAGAAAUGGUUCUUCUCGAUGAGCCCAUACACAUUUGUUCAAUUAUCCCAAAUAUUUUAAGAAAUCAUGAGAAAAAUAUUACUCAUUUGGGGAAAAUUAUUUGGAAGAAUCAACAGGAUUGAAUGUUAACUGCUUGGAUUUCUUGUUACUUUGGGUUAACAUUCUUUUUUUUUUAGAUUUAAAGAAAAAAGGGCACUUUAAAUGAGCUGCCUUGGUCUCUGUGAGCAGUGUUCUUCUAAUUCGGCUUUUUAAUCUCCAGAAAAUACAUAAUUGAAAUAUGAGCACUGCUACUGUUGAAAUGAUAAUCUGCCUGGCUGUUCUUGUAUAAACUUUUGAAUGCAUCAAAAGUUUAUAAGAUAUCUAACGUGGGCAUUUCUAGAAAUUGAGACCUUAAGAAAUGUAAAGCCAGAACUGACAGACCAAACAUUUUAACUGUCAUGUCAAAGCUGAAUUAAGACAUUUGCCAUUUUCAAAGUUAUAUUCACUUUGAAAUACGUAUAUGUUUGAAUUUUUUUCUUUUUCUUUUAUUUAUCCCUUUUUAUUUAGGCAUUUUUCUCAAUGCUAUUAGGGGUGUACACUUUGUUUUUGAAUUGCUUGUUUUGUUUUAUUGUUGGUGCCAGACUCUGAACUACUGUGGACUGAAUCUUUUUAAUAAACUUUUAAACAAAACA